AUGCCGGACGCGGCUAGGCUGGACCGCGAGCGGGACUGGGAGCGCAGGGCGCGGAACCACUACAACUACCACCACCCGCUGGUCCACCAGCGCGCCUCCCUCGACGGGCACCUGCCGCGCAGCCCGCACCACGUUCACCACCACCACCACCGCGACGGGACGCAGACCGUGACCUUGACGGCGGAGCUAGGGCCUCCGCUGCUGCCGCCGCCGCUGCAGCAGCAUCAGCUGACUGAUAAGGAGGUGCCGGCCGGCGCAAGGUCGGCCGGCCCGUGUCCCUCAGUGAGCGGCGACCCGUCGGCAGAGGCGUCCGCCCUGGCGUCCGCGCGCACCCCGCCCGUGCCGCCCGUCAAGUUCUGCGCGUCCUCCGUCAAGGCGCGCCUCGAGUCGUCCCCGUCGUCGCGGCCUUGCUCUGGGCCCUCGCCCACCCCGACCCCAACGCCGGCCGCCACACCGCGGCCCGGCAGCGACCAGCCCGAGCGUGCCGAGCUGCGCUACGAGCCGCCCGCCGUGGUGUGCAGCCUGGAGCUGCUGGAGCCCGUGCUGGAGCCGCUCCGCAGUGAGAUCGUGUUCCACACGUCGCCGCUCGCCGACGGCCCGCCCUCCACCAGCGCCGACACGAGCAAGGCUCUGGAGGCGCUCGAUGAGGCGACGCAGAACCUACUCCAUGACUCAGAGCCGCUGCAGCAGCAGCCGAAGCCCGCCGAGAUGCUGGAGCCUGUGCUCUUGAACGUGCAAUACUGGCCGGGUGGCUCGGGCGGCCCCCAGCGUGCGGUCCACCACCUGCCGGAGCCGCUGCAGGCGCCCCAAAAGCCCCACUGCGACAGCCCCGUGUACCAGGAGCCCUUCCAGGGCCCGCAGGAGGCCCGCGAGGAGAGCCCCGUCUACGCGCAGCCCUACCGCCCUUCGCCGGCCACCCACCGGACUGAGGUGGUCAUAAAGUACGAUGAGGGCCCGCCCAUCUCCGAACACUUCGAACGGACCUGCGUCACCGGCCCCCGCCACGAGGACGACGGCGAGCAGCACAAGUCCAGCCGACUCGUCCCCAUUCAGGACCUGUUCCGGGGCAGGAAGGAGAACAGCCACAGCUUGACGCGUCGGCUUAUCCCGUCUGCGCCGAGCUCGGAGGACGACGCCGGCGUCCUCCAGGGCAGCCCCACGCUCAAGACCCGCAGCGUGCACCACCACCACCCCGCGCACCGCCCGGCACUGCCCGCUGUUGACGUCCGGAGCUGCCUCAACCUGAUGGCCUGCCGCCUCCCGCAAAACCAGCAGUCCCUGGAGGAGGACGCCGAGGCCGAGCGCAACGACGACGAGGAGGCCGUUUUAGCUUCCGCCUGCACU